AUGCGCGUCUCAAAACUAUUCAUCACUUUGAAUUUGGGGCUUUUGCUCGCAACGGCACUCGUUGGUAUCAGUAAUAAUAACACUAGUCCUAAUAGUAGUAACGGAAAUAGCAAUAAUAGCGGGAACGGUGGAAGCAGCAACAACUCAACUUCAAACAACAAUAGUUCUAGCGGCAACUCAACUUCAGCUGGAAACUCUACACAAGCUUCAAACAACACAUCCAGCCCAGUUUCUACACUAACACCAGACCCAGGUAAUGGCGCUGGAUCAUCGAGGAGUCUCGAGACAAUUUAUCAAGUUGCCUUUGCUGCUGUCUUGGCAUUUUUUGUGAGCGGAAUGGCAUUUUCGCAAUAUUAA